CAAAACCCAAACCCAAUUCAAAUUCACCAUUCAUCCAUCCACUAUCAACCAUCAACCAUCAAAGCAUACUAUCACUAUCACAGUCUAUCACACUAUCUUACAACCAUACAUCAUCAAAUCAUUUAAUUCAUCAUGAAAGUACUCAGAAGGUCACUUCACAAAGAAAAAGAUAAAUCAAGUUCACCCUCAAGACAAUCAUUCUCUCCUUCUCAACAAUCUUUUGGUGCUUCAAUCUUAACAUCUCAACAUCCACCUCCACCUCCUCUCACAAAACCUAUCUCGUCUCAAUCAAUUCCUAACUCAAGAGCUCCAACCGGUCCUCCUACUAUGGUCAUCAGAGCUAUUUCAAAUUACAAAGCUAAACGGAUCGUAGAAAUCUCAUUUCAAAAGGGUGAUUUCUUUCAUGUAGUCGGUCAAAGGGAAGAUUCAGAAGGUGAUUGGUUUGAAGCUUCAAAUCCGGCUACUGGGGCUCGUGGAUUAGUACCUAGAUUUGGGUUUGAAAUCUUUGGAAAACCUCCUUCUCAAUCUAAUUUACAUACUCCUCGUCAUUCGGAAUUUAAUCAACAACAACAAACUCAUCAACAUCAUCGAUCUCUUAAUCAAUCUAUCUCUCUUGGGGCUCAACCUCUUUCUGCUGGUCCUAAGAGUGCUGGUAGUAAUGGUCAAAAAAGUCAACCACUCUAUGGUGUCGUUCAACACGAUUUCGUUGCUGAAAGACCAGAUGAGCUCGAUGCAAAGAGGGGUGAACCUAUCAUUGUGAUUGCUCAAUCUAAUCAUGAAUGGUUUGUAGCUAAACCUAUUGGCCGUCUCGGUGGUCCCGGUUUAAUCCCAGUUUCAUUUGUAGAAGUACAAGAUCUAACAAGUGGUAAAGCAUUACCACCAGAUCGAGUCAAAGAAUUAAUCAGAAGUGCAGUAGUACCUAAAGUAGAAGAAUGGAAAAAAGCCACAGCAGCAUACAAAGGCAAUAGUAUUCCAUUAGGACGAUUUGAUUUUGUACCUGAUUCAUCACCUUCUACGCCACAUUCAUCAAAUCGACCGUUCAGUAAUGAUGGACAAUCACAACAUAUGUCAUCAAGAUCAGUUUCGGCUACACAUUCUAGACAACAAUCAUUUGGAAUGAAUCCAAUUCAAGUUACACAGAGUGGUAGAAGUUCACAACAAACUAAUUAUCAAACUCAUCAUUCUAGAGAACCAUCGAAUAGUGUAGCAGCUUGGCAACAACAACAACAACAACAUCAACAACAUCAUCAGUCUAUGGGACAUCGAUCUAAUCCAUCUGAAGUUCAAUAUGAUUUAGAAGAUGAACCGGAAGGAUCUACUCAGGAAGGAGACGGAUAUGCAACAGUAGAUGAACUUAGGGAAAGGUAUGGAGUCGUAGUGCAUGCAUCAGUUGAAUCAUUUCAUCAUGAACAAGGACAUUUUUGGUUUCAUUUACGAGCCCAUUUUAGUCGAAAUUCCUCAAGUGAUUUAAACUCGAAUGAAACCACGGUUUUAGUUCUGUAUAGAUUAUAUGAAGAUUUUUAUGAAUUUCAUUUAGCAUUAGUUGAAAUGUUUUCAGCUUCAGAAGAUCAAUUACCUAAAAUACCUGAAAUGAUUGAAGAUGUCAAUGAAUUAGUUUGUGCAAGAAGAGUAGAAGAAUUAUCGGUUUAUCUUGAAGAGUUGUGUAGGAUGGAAGAAGAGAUUCGAGAAUGUGAAUUGGUUUAUGAGUUCUUAGGACCUAGAGAAGGAGAUGUUGAAUUAGAAGGAGAGGUAGGAGGAGCAGGAGCAGGAGGAGGAGUUGAGAUGAGUUUGAAUCGAUCACAAGAAGAAGUGGAAGGAGAAGUAGUGGAGUAUUUAUCGAAGAUGAAUAAAGAAGAAGGUAACCGAUUAGAAGAGUUGAUGAAUGGAUUGACGACUCGGGAUGAAGAGAAUGGGAUGAGAGAGAUGGAAGGUAGAAAGGUUGGACAUAAAGAAUCGAAUGGAUCGAUUCAAACUGCCUUUGAUGGAACUUCUACUCAUUCACAUCCUUAUCAACAUCAACAUCAACAUCAACAUAGCACCAGUAUUGAUUCGAGAAGUGGAACGAGUACGCAGAACAAGAACCCAACCGGAUUAGGCGUCACAUUAGGAACUCAUAAUCCUAAUCCAACACAUCAACAAGGAAACUUUUUAAAGAUUAAAAUCUAUCAAAUCGAAACAGAUGAUUUGAUUGCGAUUCGAGUACCUACUCAUAUCAAUUAUCUUGAAUUGUUUAAAAGAGUUAAGGAAAGAAGUGGACAUCAAAUUCAUUCAUUAAGGUUUAAAGAUGAAUCUGGUAUUGGGUUUUCUACGGGUCAAACUUUACCGAUUUAUAAUUCUUUGGGACAUCGAUUGGUUGGGAUUGAUAAUGAUUCAGAUUUGGAAAGAUGGAUUGAUUCGGGUAAUAAAUUGGUACUUUAUGUUGAAUGA